AUGGAGGAAAUGAAAAUCGUUCCCGUUAGGCCGUGUAACUGUCAGCGGGCGCGAAAACGCUGCCAUUGUUUUCGGCCACACAGCAACGAAAUAUGGCUCUUUUCGAGAUACUCUACCGGCUGGAAAUGUGGUCUCCACGCCGACUUCACUGAGCUGACAGCUUGUGUCGGCGGCGAACUGGACCGGCAUGAAGGUUCAGCUGUACAUCGGCGGUACUUCUAUAUCACGUUGCUGCGGGAACCUGUCUCGAGGUACUUGUCGGAGUACCGGCAUGUGAAGCGCGGCGCCACGUGGAAAGGCUCGCGGCACUGGUGCCAAGGUCGCACAGCUACAGGUGCGGAGGUGCCGCCGUGUUAUACAGGGGAGUCGUGGCGUGGGGUGACUUUGGACGACUUUACGUCAUGUCCGUGGAACCUAGCCAACAAUCGGCAGACGCGGAUGCUAGCAGAUCUCGCGCUGGUCGGGUGUUACAAUGGAACUCUCCGGCAUCGGACUGCUGAUACUGACAGGGUGUUACUCGCCUCCGCUAAAAGAAACUUAGCCGCGAUGGCGUACUUUGGACUUACAGAAUUUCAAAAGAUAUCUCAGUACGUGUUCGAAGAAACUUUCAACCUGCGGUUCGCGGUACCCUUCACGCAGCAUAACGCGACAGUUUCGGGUGCGACCCUGGCCUCACUGUCGCCGGCGCAAGUCGCACACGUCAAGCGCCUCAACUUGCUCGAUUUAGAGCUCUACGAGUUCGCUAAGAACCUUAUGUUUAAAAGAUUCGAAGCGUUGAAGAAACGCGACAGCGAUUUCGAAUUCCGGUGGAAGCAUCUCGGCGAGGUACCACGUAGUGGCGUCACAGAAUUUGACUGGGACGGUAACCUCGAAGACGCUACUACAGAAAAAUACAGAGGCAAGUAAUCUGACCCAGUAACUUGAAGAAAAGCGGACAGCUAGUCAUUCCUAUACAGUACCAUCAAAUUCUACCUACUUGUAUGUCAAUGUCAUAGCAACAUCUAAGUACGAAACAAACUCCUUUAUCCAAACUAUAAAAAAAUUUACUAUGUAUCCGAGUUAUGUGUAAGGUUACGUCGGCUACAGCUAUAAAAGCUGGCAUGACAUAAAUGUUGACUUUAAUUACCGUACAAAUAACGUUUGUUUGCGGCAAGCGGCAUUCUGUAACAAGCUAUGAUCUAGUUGAUUAAGGACUGUCAUUAAGUUGAAUCAAAGUUUAUUUGUGCGAUCGGCAGCUGGUCUACAACAUUGAGUGAACACUGUGGACGCUAGACUCCACUUAUUGUGCUAUAAAUCCAUCCCUUGUAAUUAUAUCUCUAUAUUUAUAUUAGUACUUUAGUCUGUUGUUGAAAGAAAUGAAUGUUGAUGUUUGAUAGAAACAGGGUAGGUAAUGCAUCUAGGAUGAACCUAACGAACAAAAGCCUUAGGGUAUCUGUUUGGCCAAUGAAUCGCAACGUAGCAGUGGCGCAAUAAACAACAAAAUGUUGCUCAAAAUUCGGAAUAAUUAGGUGGUGGUGGCUUUUAAAUACUUAUUUUUAAAUAGCGCUAACAGUCGCGAUUCGCUGGUGAAACAAUAAUUUAUUCUUAAACACGCGUAUCAAGCUAUUGUACAGUGAAUUAUAUUUAAGUAGUCACAAGUAGUUAUUAUAAGAAUGUUUAUCAUUAAUUCUAAAAUAAUCUGUUGAAAGCCGUUGCGCGUAGUCUAGCAUAGAGAAACUAUGAUUUAUUUUAGUAAACAACUUAUGAUAUGAAAUUACGAAACUAUCAUAUUUAGUACAACAAAUCGGUUUUCAUAAAAAUGCAUUGUUCAGAGAUUAAUUGUUUGUACGUAGAAAUGGAUAUGAUGAAAAUAAUUCUCAUUUUAUUACCAAAGAACAAAAUUAAGUGCUAUAGAAAACUUAUUUUAUCAUUCUGAACAAUUUGUAAGUGCAUAGGUAAGCUGUUGUUUUAUUAUUAGUUUAUAUUUAUUUUAAGCAAAGCAUUUUGUAUUGUUCGUACUUGUAGGCACAGCUUUAAGGAUCAGAGUGUUCUUUCUAUGAUGUUUAGUAAUAGGUAUAUUGUACAUCGGAUUUUGAGCUUUUCGUGCAAGCAUAUUAUGAACUAUUGUUUUUUUUUUAUACUGGUAUACUUUUUCGAUCUCUCGCUAUGAAUAAAAUUAGCAUCGGUGAGAGGAACCUUGGUAAUGCUUUUAUUUUUAUCUAUGUUUUAGUAGAUUUAGACUAGUACUUAUACAUUGUUUGCGUUAUAAUGUUUACAUUCUACUUUGCACAGAAUUGGAGAGUGUUUCUAGUGAACUCUUUAGUUUAUACAAAAUGUUACGUGAGAAGUUGCAUAGGAGACCUACUUAGCUACAAUAUUAUUAAUUUUAGUAUUGCAAGUUACUAUUAGACUUUACUGGGGUUGUGUCGACUAUAGUAAUAUAUAUAAAUUGACAGGCAAUAUACGAGCGGGGACGGGCUUAAUAUCACCGUGUAUCACGUUUAUCCGAUGGGAUAAGAAUUUUAUAUCGAAAUUUCAAAUGUAGCGAAAUAUCAAAUUAUAAUUUACGAAGGGAAACGUGAAGUGGUCGGACAGGAGUGGAAUUUUACUCCAUAAUAACACCAUUUUGCGCGGUAUUAUGGAUGUGUUGCGUCGCUGAGGUAAAAGUAUUUCAAAAUCCACUGACAACUUUAUCAAUGAUGGCGCUUUUAUCUUUUGCGAAAAAAUAUGCGGAGCGGGCUCACGAUCAUUUAACUUUGUCCCUUUUGCCCUGAAAUGAAAUUACUGUACGUCGUAAGUUGUAGCUUGCAACGUAUUGCAGGCAAUACACGCGCGUAGGCACAGUGCAAGCGUGCCGUGUUUAAUAUUCCGUAAACUAUGUUUGUAAACUCUUUCAACUCGGCUGGUUCCGGUAAUUCCCUCCGCGCCGCAUAACAAAUUAAAACAUUUUUCAUUUAAAUGCUCAGAAUUGUUACAUUUCUGAAUAAAAACUAUUUUGUGCGGUAGGCCUAGCGUGGAAUGAGCGUGACAUACUGAGCAAAUUGUAAUGUAUUUUAUUUGUUUAACUCUAGUUAAUAAUGUCUAUGGUUGGUUAAAGCUGAAUGGGGCUUACAGUUAUGAAAUCAGUAUUUCCUAGGGCAAUUAAAAUUGCUAUUAUGUCGUAAGUACGCGGUUUUAAUGAAUCUGUCUUUGUGUAGCCUAUGUUGGUAGUAAGAGGCAGUAUGUUUUAAGUCCUGGAACUCCAGACCACAGAACAAUAAAUAUAGUAGAAGUGGCUAGUUGGCGUCUGACGCGUGCCAAUAGUAGGCCUCGUUAGACCUACUUGAGCUCAGUCCGCCAUUUUCAUUUUAUACAGUAUAGAUGUGUC